UUAGAAAAGUGUACCUAUAUAAAAGAGGAGGUACUUAUCAUGUGCACCUUUUUUCCUUUUAAGGAGUAUUUAUACAUUAUUCAUUUCUUCAUGUCUCUGCUGCAAAUCUGAAAGCCUGCAUGUGGUAUAGAAACAUUUAAGUAUCUACCAAUAUAUUAUAAUGAUAGAAAUAGCUUCAUGAAUUCACAAGUCCUCAAUGAAGAGCUCUUGGUUGCUAUGAAACAUUGUGUCGAGCCAUUGUGCAAGCUUCAAUUUCUUUAGCUGACUGCAGAUGAACAGAAUACUUAUGUCUUUUUCAUAUGAUGAGAGCCUUGAUGGAUUAAUUUUACACUGACUUCAGUGAUAUUUUUAAUCUGGAACCCUUGGUCUUCACUGUGGCACAGGUUAAGAAGUUUUGUCGCUUAAACUUUGAACAACCAAGAAGCCAUGACUUCCUGGAGAAAUGAUUUUUGGAUGGACAUUGAAUCUAGCCCUCGCCUGCUUUACAGCCAUGGAGCACAAGGUCGCCGACCUACCUUUCUUGCUGCAUAUCCAUUAAUGGCUAAUUCUUCUGAGGAGGAUAUAGAUCGCCGUCCCAUCAGGAGAAUGAGAUCGAAGAGUGAUACACCUUAUCUGGCAGAGGCCCGGAUUUCUAUGAACCUGGCAGCAGCUGAAGAAGCUGGAAGACUGUCUGCCAUGCGUUCAGAUUCUCUUGUGCCAGGAACCCACAGUCCUCCAAUUAGAAGAAAAAGCAAACUUGCUAACAUAGGAAGAAUCUUUAAACCAUGGAAAUGGAAAAAGAAGAAAAGUGAAGCUUUCAAACAGACAUCUGCAGUACUGGAACGAAAGAUAUCAAUGAGGCAAAGUAGAGAGGAACUUAUCAAACGGGGACUACUGAAGGAAAUCUUUGAAAAAGAUGGUGACAUUUCAUUUCCAGGAGGAGACAUCAGAAAUGAAAAUGUAAAGUCUCACGAAUUUAGCCAAGCCUUACUUUCUCAAGUUUUGGAUUCUGAAUCCAAACUCCCCUCCCUAGAAAUUUCUAUGUUUGAUAUGCCUUCACCUUCAGACCCCAUGGAUGGAACAGAAUCUGCUGUCCCUGUUAAACUUCCAUGUAUGCAAGUGAAAGUGUCUCCACCACUGCCUUCAAAGAAACCAAUGAUCUGUAUGCCCAUAGGCAACUCUGGCAAUUCUUACAAUCUGUAUUCCACACAAAAAAGUUCUCAGCAGUACCAACCCACACUGUCUUCACAAGUAACAGCUGCCCAUCAACACCAGCUCCAGUAUGGCAGUCAGCACAGUACCAGUGGAUCCAACACAGUACCCAUACAUACGUCAAUGUCUCCCAGCCGGAUGAGAGAGGCACUUAACAAGACACUGUCAGCGAAGAUGCAAAGGCUGGAAAGCUCCAGUAUGCACACAAGUGAUGGCACAAAUAAAAGUGGGAACAUACCAGACAAGAGGCAGGUGCCAGUGGUAGUGAUUGAGUGUGAAGAUGACAAAGAAAAUAUGCCUACUAACAGUGAUUAUGAAAUCAAUUCCUACAACUAUAAGGAAAGCGAUGAAGAGGAGGAGGAGGAAGAGGAAGAUGAUGAAAGCACUUUUACAAGCUCUCUGGCAAUAAAGGUAUUUAGGCAAGAUUCACUGGAAAUGCGGCUGAGCAACCGGCCUUCCAAAUAUGAGCUGGAGGAGAAAAAUAUUAUCCCAAGGCAGACUGAUGAAGAGCGAAUGGCACUAAGGCAGCAGAUUGGGUCAAAGUUAACAAGGCAACUUAGUCAGAGGCCAACUGCAGAAGAACUGGAACAAAGGAACAUUCUAAAAUCAAGAAAUGAACAAGAAGAGCAGGAAGAGAAAUGUGAAAUAAAGAGAAGAUUAACAUGGAAGCUCAGUCAGAGACCUACAGUAGAAGAGCUUCGGGAAAAAAAGAUCCUCCUCCAUUUCAGUGAUUAUGUUGACGUUGCAGAUGCUCAGGAUUAUGACAGAACUGCAGACAAACCAUGGACACGACUUACAGCUUCAGAAAAAGCAGCUAUUCGCAAAGAGCUUAAUGAGUUCAAAAGUUCAGAAAUGGAAGUGCAUGAAUUAAGUAAGCACCUAACAAGGUUUCACAAACCUUAGCACUUGUCUGAUAUAUGAUACAUACCUGCCAUGCUGUUUCUUUACUUCAUUUUCAACAACAAACUGUAAGUGUUUAGAUUAUUAAACAACAAGCAAAACAAUAAAAUCAGGCUUUACUCGUCAUCCUAUUUUGUUAAAAAGUAACGUACUUGGAUUUGUUGGAUCCUGUUGUUUCAAAGAAUCCACUGUAAAUCAGCGGUCUUUAAUGUCCAUGUAAGGAAUGGAACACUACAACCUGCCACUAGUUGGUGAAUAUGUAAUCAUUGGUUUCUUGUGCUGUAUUAUUUAUCAAAAUGGGAAAUGCGUUGUCACUCAUCAUUCUUUUUUUUCCACAAAUGCACUUUGUGAUGACUGUCUAGCAAAAUCCAAGCCAGCAUUUGUCAUGUUAUUCAAGACUGGAGAAAUGAGGAAAAAUAGACAAAUGCAGCAAAACAUCUGUCUCGUGUCAAUCAGGAUUAGUAAUAAGGAAGGGUUCAAAAACAGUACCAUCCCCAUCCAAUGCGGACUCUGCUUUACAAGGAAUGCCUUUAUUGGGAGCAUUCAUUUUUACUAUAAAAAAUGUUUUAUUUCAUCAUUUAAAUCAAUAUAUUAAGCUGGUCAAAACUGUUGUUACUACAUUGUAGGUAAAGUACUAAAGCAAAAUGUUCCAUUUUUUUAAUUUAUUUUAUAAACUAAAGGUAGCUUAAGAAAAUCAGUGCUAUAGUAACACAUUUUGCCUUCCAAAUACUGCCAUUAUUGUAAAUUUCAAUCUGCACUGUAAACAAUGUUUUAAAUGUUUUUAUUUUAGAAAAUGUAACAGGCAGGUCACAUGUUUCAUUUAAUAUACUGUAGCAGGUGUACUAAAAGGUAUUUCAAAUUUUAUUGGAAUGUUUAAAUGAUUGCUGUUUGACAUAUUCAGAAAUGACGUGAUUUGUUUUGAAGCAAAUUAAAUCUACUAAAAGAAGGUUUGUGUUGACUAAAUGCUAGGUUAGCUUUACCUCUAGCUUUGUUACAUGAAGGAUUCAAAUCACUAACAUGUACUGAAUGCAAUAAAAUAGAUGGAUUUAAUAAAUUAAA